ACACAGUGAAGUCAUAGCUAGAGAAGAUCGGCUAGAAAGAAGAAACUUAUCUUAAACUUAUAGAUCUAGAAUAAUCCAUCGGAUUAUCCGUGUCAUGAGUUAGGUGUUAAAUGUAUUUUUUAAAAAAAUGAGUCAAGUGUUGAUAUAGAUUUAGGGUAAUAUAAAUAGUUUAGAUGCCCAGAGUCAGAGACAUUUUUACUGACCACCAUGUGUUGUUUUUAAAGACCAACUGAAGAGGUUUUGGGGUCAGACGCGGAAACCGGUGUAAUACUUUUUUUUAGUUUCAUAAUGCUUAAAGAAACAUACAUACGAAAUAUUAGACAUAUGAUAUAUUCUUUGUAAUUAUUUAGAUAUAAGCAAUUUAAUGUGCGUUUUAAAGUUUUAGGGACUAUUAAAUUUCACAAUCUCGAAGCCAUUCGAGCUCAGUAUUUCCCAGACAACCAAGGUCGAUGACGUAGUUUAAGGGAAAUUAGAUCAAAUUUUUCAGUUUAUGGCUUAGCGUAUAAAUUCCCUAUUCUUUUUUUACAGGAAUGCCAGUUUUUGAAAACAAAGGCGACUAAAACACACCAAUUUAUAAAAUGUGGAUGUUAGAGUUGGGGAAAUUAGGUCAAAUCACGCAAUUUAUGUCUUUGCAUGUUAGAUCUACUGUUUGUCGGCUUAUUCUUGAUCUAGUCAAGCGAACAGCGUUUCAGCCCACGCAGUACCGCGCGUGCCUCAGUUCACAUGUUUCGUUUUAGUCAAGUUACGCAAUUUAUGGCUUAUGUUACAGUACUGCUUCAGGCUUAUUCUAGUUCUACAUCUACUGCUUUUGAUCAAGAGCUAGAUCUUCUUUUCUCAGAUCAUUAAUGAUGUAUGAAGUAGACCUAAAUUUAAUUAGACGAAGUCUAGAUCUAGUAAUAGUAGCAUUGGAUAUUUAGAGAUUAGACCUAUCUAUAUAGAUCUAUCUAGAGUCUAGAAAACAAAGUUUAAAAUUAUAUACUCUAUCUAUACACUUAAUAGUGAUUAUUAACCUAUAGUCGUCCCUAAAUAUGCCAAAUAUGGGAAAAAAAAACAUUAAUUACAAUGUUGAGCUCAUUCAAUGCAGUUAUUGAAGUACACGAUUAUAUUUAGUUUGAAUCUAGAGUCACAACUUCGUACAACACUAUCAAAUAGCUUUAACCUUAACCUAGACUUAAAGGUGGUCUGAUUUAGAUCUACUAGAUCUAAAUUUCUAAAAACUAAUCUAUAUGGCAAAAAUUAGACCUAGAUCUACCAAUUAUAUAUUAUUAUUAAUAUACGAAAAAUGGAUUUUGUUACACUCUUACUUAAAUAGUUCUAUAAAUCUAUAUAUGUAAAAAUUGAAUUUUCAUUUAUCUCAGGAAUAGAAUCAUUAGAUAGUUAAGUUAGCAAGUUAAUAUGUUACUGUAACAAAGUUUUAAAUUGUGUUUAGACUAUAAAUAGAAGAGAUUAUCCAACUGGAAAAGGAGUUGUUUUUUUCUUUUCUCUGGGAAGUGGAAAAUAAAUUGUAGCAUCAAUAUAAUAUUCAGUAAUGCAUAUAGGCUACUGUUGAUGUAGUUAUGCAACUCAUUUUAUUAAAUUUUAGUAACCCAAUUAUUGCCAGUUAAUCACUGAAUAUAUAUAUAUAUAUAUAUUAUUGUUAUUAAAAAAUGCAGAGCUAAAUUUAAAGUGUUAAAUAAAUAAGGCUGGCAGUCGAGUCAAAAGAUUAAUGAGGAAUGCAGUAUUUUCCAUGGCUACGCAGCCCUAGCUGGAGGUCAAUUUAAAUGUUCUUUACGACGUCUACGUCUUCCCUCGGCAGUGGAUUUUCUUUUGACCACUAAUAUCUAUUCCACCUUGCAAUUUCUAAUAAAUAGCAUCAUUCAAAGAAUGAGAUCCAACUCUUAUUUUUUUAAAUACACUUGAAAGUAUUGUUCCACAAUAUAGAGCUCAAAUUGUGUUGAAAUAGACAUUGAAGAAAUAGUUCACUGAAUAUCAAUCAUGGAGGAUGACAUGAAACAGGAUUUUACUAAUGAUCUAAAAAAGCUCAUGGAAAUUGAGAAAAUAGGAUGUUCUCUUCAUUCAACAACACCAGAAAACAUCUGCAUUGGACCAACUUUAGCAGAAGAAAUAGAGCAGGAAAAAAAGGUCAAUCUGAUUCAAGAAAUGUCUUCAAACCAAGAUAUGUGUGAUAGAAACACUCCAAGCAAUUACAGAAACUUCUAUCACUCUUAUGAACAUAAAACCUACCAGCUGGUUGAUGCAGAGAAACAAUCUAACCAAUUCGAAAUAUGUAGAGAAAAAGUCUCUACUUCAUCAACCUUAAGGAGUCAUGAAUUUAUUUAUUCUACUAGAAGGACACUCAAACAUGAAAUACUUCAGAAAGAAAUGAAUCAGUCUUCAAGCCUUAAAAAAAAGGGAUCUAUUCAUUCAGGUAAAAAAAGAUUUCAGUGUGAAUUAUGUCAAAAACACUUGAUGUCUAAGGCAACCCUAAGUUCUCACCUUGCAGCUCAUAUUGGAAUAAAAUUCAAAAAAUUAGUUCAUUCAGGUAAAAAAAAAUUCAAGUGUGACUUGUGUCAAAAAUCAAUAAUAAAUAUGUCAUUCCUAAAAAAACAUCUUGCAGCUCAUAUUUCAAGUGCUGGAAAUAAAAGAUUUAAGUGUGACUUGUGUCAAAAACAAAUGAUGUAUGAGGUCUACUUAAGAGGUCACCUCGCAACUCAUAUUGGAAUAACAUUAUUCAAAUGUAGUUUUUGUGGGGCUGAAUCCAAUUCACCCACAGCUUUGAAACGCCAUGAGAAUGCUCAUUCUGGGUAUAAAAUAUUUACUUGUAAUAUUUGCCAGAAAACAUUUACUCAUAGUGCACACAGAAGAAUGCAUGAAUUAAUUCAUUUUAAAAAAGAAGCUGAAAAAAAAGCUUUAAGUGUUCUUGCAUUAAAAUGUGACAUGUGUCAAAAACAAUUUUAUGAUAAACCAAAUUUAAGAUAUCACCUUGCAGUUCAUUGUGGAAUAAAAAUUUUCAAAUGUCACAUUUGUCAGCAAAAAUUUAGCUAUCCAAAAAGCUUAAGACGGCAUGAAUUAAUUCAUUUUGUGGAAAAACCAUUUAAAUGUCCAUUCUGUCGAAAAGGCUUUUGUUAUCUUUCAGACGUUAGUCGCCAUAUAUUGAUUCAUUGUAAUAAAAAGCAACUUAAAUGUCAAAUUUGUGAAAAAAAAUUUUUACGUUCCUCAAACCUAAAAUUGUAUUCAAGGGUUCCUUCUCUGAUUGAAUUAAAAAAGAUGAUUCAGUCUGAUAAAAUUACUUUAAUAUGUAAAUUUUGUCAAAAAGAAUCAAAACAGUCCUUAAAAUCCCAACAGAUGAUUCAUUCUGGUUAUAGAUCAUAUAAAUGUCACAUUUGUCAAAAAGAAUUCAUCCAUUUGACAACAUUUAAACGCCAUGAGAUGACACAUUCUGGUAAAAAACCAUUUAAAUGCCAGACUUGUCCAAAGGCAUUCAUUCAAUCCACAAACUUAAAGCGCCAUGAGAUGACUCAUUCUGGUCAUAGGCCAUUUAGUUGUCACAUUUGUUACAAAGGAUACAUACAGUCAUCAAGCUUAAAACGACAUUUUAUAUUGCAUCAUUCUUAAAAACAUCAAUUGAAUUGUAAAGAUUAUGAAAAGAAUCCAUUCCAUUUUACUACCUCAUAUGUCUUGUGAUAUUCUAUGCAGAGGAAAAACUUAUAAAUGUCACAUUGAUGUAAAAUAAUUAUGUAAAACUGUAAGCUUAAAAUGUCAUAAAAUAUCUGACUCUACAAUGUUAUUAAUUUAUAAUUCUGAUUUUUAGCGGCCCUCGAAAGGGGAAAAGACGCUAUUAGUUUUGUGUGAAAUGUCUGUCCGUCUGUCUAUCUGUCCGUCCAUCCCGUUUAGAUCUCGUAAACUAGAAAAGAUAUUGAAAAUCGGACAUCACAAUAUUUUAGACCAUUCAAAGUUCUGAUGCAACGGCUACUUUUUUUUUUCUGAAAGCAAAAAAUCUAAUUUUUAAAAUCAGUUAUGCAAGUAUUUUUUAAAGAGAAAAAGCAAAUUAGUAUGCAUUAUAAGUUAGACCUAAUUUAAAACGAAUAGUUAAUCUUAUAAACUAUUGCGGAAUUAUUUUUUUUUAAAUUUUUACAGAGGAUUGCAAUAAGAGAUUGAGGCUUUUCAAAAAAUUAGAUUAAUUAUAAGACAUCAGUUAGAUCUGAGGAGGCGCGGUGGCUAAUGGGUACCUGACAUUAGUUUGGGAAAAGUAAAGGCGGUUGGUCGUUGUGCUGGCUACAUGACACCCUCGUUAACCGUAGGCCACAAAAACAGAUGAAUUUUACAUCAUCUGCUCUAUAGACCACAAGGUCUGAAAGGGGAACUAGUUAGGCCAGGUUCACAUCUAACUUAACAUUCACUUUCACCUAUCCUUUGAUCUGCUAGACCGUUGCUGCACUACACAAGAUCUGUUAACCUUCUUUCUCCAUUCUUAUCUCUCAUUUGUCUUUGAUAUAAUUUCAUUCGGGUGUUCUUUCUGAAAAUAUUGAAGCCUGCCUGGGUGGACCACUUCGGGGGCCGAUUUUGAGUUUUUGUUUCCACACAAACUGUCUUUUGUAACCUUGUUUUUUUUCCAAAUGUGUUUAUUAAAAGAACUGAGCAUAUUCAUACUAAGACUCCAUUUAACUUCUACUCCUGUUUUGGACGUCCACAUUUCCAGAAAGAUCUACCUUACUUGUCAAGUUACUGAUGUUUAAUAUUAGAAAUAUGACUCUUACACAGGGCUAAGCUAGAAAUUUGCCACCAUUUGGGUGCCCGGUGUCUUGAUCUCUUUGGAGGCCUCUGCAUUUUGCAUUAUAUUUAAUAUUUAACUCUCUGUCAUGUGGGGGCCAGGGAAAAUUUUCAUAUUCUCCCCCUCCCUCCCCUACGCUCCUGCUCUGACAUAUCUUAUUGUUCCAGGUUCACACCUUACAGAAUAUCAAGCAUUCUUAGCCUCCAUCUCUCUAGAGUUCAGUGAAGAAAUAGAAUGCUUGUCUCAUUUCAUUUCUGCCUUGGUUCCGUCUGGGGCAUAUGCCACCAAAUAAAUGUAUAUCCUAAAUUUAAUUAAUGAUCAAAAAGGAGGAAUAGUUUUUCUGAGGCACCAGGGGGAACAGGCAAAACGUUCCUCAUUAAUUAUAAUAAUCUUUAUUGUCCGUAUGGAAAUUUGUCUUACAGUUUGUGCAUUAAACCAAACAAAAAACAUAACUAUAAAGGGAAACCAAAAUGUACAUUCUCACCAGACUCACUCAUAAUUUACAUGUGACAAAAUUUAUAUCAGAUUGUUUCUAUUUAAUGAUGUGAUUGCCAGGGGAACAAAAGUUUGUGUUUGUUUGUCUUUGUUAUCGGUGUCUUGUAUCUCUUGUGUGAUGCAAAAUCACAAAAUCUUGGAAAGGUUCAGCUAGUUGUUCAGCACAUUCUUUUAAGAUUCGCCCUUUUAGUCCAUCAGGCCCACCAGUUUUCAUUGGGAUGUAUUCUAUGUGUACUAUUUUGGUACGUCACAGUACAGCAAUGUUUGCGCAAAAGGAUCACUCUGACACAGCUCAAAAAAUGCAAGAAGGGUAGAUUUUGGUGGCGACUGUAACUUUUCUUUUAAGCUUGCUGCAUCAAAAUACAUUCUUUGACCAUUUUCUAAGUGCACACUGAGAUGCACCACAGUUGGGGGACGUUCGUGUAUUGAGAAUCCCACUAUCCACCAAACAGCUUCAUUGGAGCUGAUGUAUCUUCCAGAUUGAAACGAUUCAAUUUCAUCCAAAUUUGGUCCAUUUUUGUGUAAUCCAAACAUUGCUUGGUCACUACCUUUGUUGACAUACUUAAAAACAUAUUUGAUAGAUUUCACUGAGUGACAAAAUUCUACAUUAAUGUGAGCACAAAACAUUUUUUAAGUAUCAGAGGAUUAUAAGGAACCACCUAUCUGUUGUCAAUUGUUACUUCCUGCCAAAUAUUUCCAUUUAGUUUCUUAAUUUUCGCGGUGUAUCCUCCAUCUCCUGGCUUCCUUCUCCUGUACAAUGGAUAUCCAUCUUCACUUGACUGUGUUUCUUGAAUUAAGCUUCUUGGAAAUUUGUGGAACAUUUUCCUUCUAUAUGCAGAGUGAGAUACUGUUAAAAACCUCCACAGGGACCAUGGAUCAUAUUCUUUGUUACGAUAUAAAAAAAAUAGAGGAUCUUCUUGGGGAUUCGGAAUCUCAGCACUGAUGAUGCUAUCGACGUCAGUGGGUUUUAUUUAAUUUUUGAGCCAAAUGAGAAUGUGGGAGUGUGGAAGGCCCCGCUUUUGCCAUUCAAUGUUGUACAUCCAGCAUCUAGUUUUACCAAAGAUUGGCGAUUAUGUCCAUCAUUUUUGUCAGUUCUCUCUUAAAAACACGUGCCAGUAUGUCAUGAUGGUCAGUUGGUUUCUGUUCCUCUAAUAGUGUCUCCUUUAUUUCUGACCAAGCUGGAUUGCACGUAAAUGUAAUGAACAAAUCAGGUCGACCAGAGUUACGCACAAAUGUCAUUGCAUCCACAUGCAUGUGUCGGGGACUACCAGUAACAGAAGAUGGUAGAAUUACCAUUUUACCUAAUUCAUUUGGAUCGGCAUCAUUUUCAAUGGCAUCUUUCACGUGAAUAUAUUCGUCUGUUCGAAGUUUCUUUUGGUUUAAUCGAAUGAACAAUAACCUCUCGCUUUCAAUCUUAGCAUACAUAUCUACAAUGUAUUGAUGGAAAAGAUGUUGACACAUUAAUAUGUGAUUGGCUUCGCCUUCCCGCUGCAUUAUCCUAAAUGCAUAGUAAUCCAUUGCGGAACAGGGACUCCGGUUAAUGGAUCAACCUGCGGAAUUCCAAAGUGGUAUCCAUCUUCGCCUUGCCAAAAGAUGAUUGGGUACUGCAAAGCAUCGUACGACCUGUGAGUCUCAGCAACUCUUUGCAAGGUGUUGUUCCUCCUCUCAAGUACUAUAUCUCGUUUUUUCAAAUUCAUUUAUUACCUUCACAAUGGCCACCUCAUCAGUA